CAAACCCUCUCUUCCCAACCUCGGCCCUGGCUGCUCUGUCUCCUCUCUCUCACCCAUUUCCCCCUUUUCUCACAUAACAACACAAGCUCGCUCGCUCGCUGCGCCUCGAACCCCAACCCAAUCUCUCUAGCCGCCGCUUCUCGCUCUCUUCGUCUCCGUCGCCGUCUCCGGUGGCUGUCUCUCUUCCUCAAUCUUCAUCCCACCUCCGCCAGUUCCCGAACCCUAAGUCUCCUGCAAACUCAUUCAAUCUUAUAUCCUCUCCGGAAACCAGCUCCUCUUUCUGCUCCCGCUGUGCUCUACUCUGUGUCUGGUUCUUUUCUCUCGUCCGGUUGCUGCCGGUCUCGUUCGCGUUCUUGUUGUUGUAUUGGUUUACUGUAAUUACUCCCGCAGUCUGCCAAAUCCUCAGUGCCGAAGUCUUUCUGUGCUUGGCUGUGCUCGGCUCUCUCUCCGCUUCGUUUUCCCGAUCUCCCCACCCUCUCUUUCGUCAUGGAUGGACGCAAGCUCGAUCUGCCCAACGUCGAUCUUCCCUCUUCAAAACCGCCCGCCGAUCACUCUCCCAACCCUAGAGUGGAAGCUCUGGGAGGAAGUGGCGAGGAUAAGGUUCUCGGAGGUUUACAAUUUGAUUCCAAAGAUCAAAUGGUGAUGGAUAGCAGCAUACCUUUGUCUCCACAGUGGCUUUAUACGAAACCAAGUGAGAGUAAGAUGGAUUUGCGUUCUCCCUCAUAUGUCUCUCUAGGGGCAGCAAAUGAUCCAGGCCAAAAAGAUACUUGGCGUUUAGAUGGAUCAGAGGAUAAAAAGGACUGGAGAAGGAUUGCAAGUGAGAAUGAAACUAGUCGCCGUUGGAGAGAAGAGGAAAGGGAAACCGGCUUACUUGGUGCCAGAAGAGAUCGCAGGAAAGUGGUGGACCGCCGUGCUGAUGUCGUUGCCAGAGAGCCUGCUGAGAGUAGGUCUGUACUACCUUCCUCAGAGCGAAGGCAUGAUGCUGGGAAUCGUAUGGCUGCUGCGCAUGAAGCACCAAGACGGGAGAAUAACAAAUGGUCAUCUAGGUGGGGCCCAGAAGACAAAGAUAAGGAAAUCCGGAUCGAGAAGAAACCAGAUCUGGAGAAAGAGAGAGAGAAAGAUGAUACUACUCACGUUGACAAUCAAGCCUCUACUGGGAGCAUCCGAAUAGCUGAGCGCGAGGCGGCAGAAUCUCGUGACAAAUGGAGGCCAAGGCAUAGGAUGGAGCUUCAUUCUUCUAGCCCAUCUUCCUAUCGUGCUGCACCAGGAUUUGGUCCAGAGCGAGCUCGAAUGGAAGGAUCAAGCACAGGGUUUGCUGUUGGACGAGGGAGGUCUAGUGCAGUGGGGAGGUCUUUGCCUAUAGCAGCUUCUCCUCCUACAGCUUCCUACAACACUGAAAGCAUCAUAGGGAAACCCGCUAUUUUGACUGCCUCCUUUUGCUAUCCAAGGGGAAAACUUCUGGACAUUUAUCGUCGACAGAAGCUUGAUCCAUCAUUCGGUUCUAUGCCUGCAAACAUGGAGGAAUUUCCCCCAAUCACUGAAGUGAGCUGUACAGAACCUUUAGCUUUUGUGACUCCUUGUGGUGAAGAGCUGGCUGUUCUUGCUGAUAUAUUGAAGGGAAAGGUCACAAGUAGUGAAGUGGCAUAUAAUUCAUCCAGCACAGGGAAAUCAAACAAGAAUAGUUCAGUUGGACUUGAUGAAUAUUCUUCCGAGGGGAAAUUUGGUCUUGAGAACUCUCUUCUCACCAAUGAUUCUUCUGAUACCGUUCGGGACUCUUCACUGGGCCAUGAAAAUUAUGUUCUGCUAUCGUCGGAUCAAGAUAAAGGUGGUAAUCGUCAAGAAGUUGAAGGUAGAGGAGCUGCUGAUAGUUUCAUGGCAGAUUCCUUGAGAAACAAUGGUGUAAAUGGGGUUAAUUCUGCUUCGAGUUAUGAACUAAAGAAUCAUGUGAAUGUUGACCAGCAUAACGGGUUUGUUGAAGAAGGAAACCCUAUUCUGCCGGAUGACCCGAGUUCUCUAUUUCCUCUACCUUCUUCCGAGAAGAACAUGGGGAUGAAUGGGGAGCAAUCAAGUACUCCACUUGAGGAAUUGUACUUCUGCUAUAUAGAUCCUCAUGGAGACACUCAAGGGCCUUUUCUUGGAGCAGAUAUAGUCAUGUGGUUUGAGGAGGGUUACUUUGGAACAGAUUUACCAGUUCGCUUAGCAGAUGCUCCUGAAGGAACACCUUUUCAGAAUCUAGGUGAAGUCUUACCUCAGCUGCAGCACAAAGAACCAUACUCUCAAUCUUUCAUGGAGCCGCAAUCUAUUAAUUUGGCCAAUGGAAUCUCGGAGGCCAGCUUAUUGACUGAGGAAAAUGACGGGCAAUCAUCGUCAGAGCAUACUCGCACAAGGAUUUCAGACACUGAUAUUUUGUCAAAGCGGCCGCCUCCUGAUGAGCAAAGCUUUCAUGAUCUCAGUGUGCAAGAUGAAGAAAUUGUGUUUCCAGGUAGACCGGGCAGUGCUGGUAUUCCUCCUGUACCAUCAUCUGGGAGUCUUCGUGUUUCAGUAACAGGUUCAAACAGUAAUCCAUCUCUUGCCAACGAAUACACAGAUCCCGGGUUACCAAAGCAAAAUGAUACAACUACGUUGCAUCCAUUUGGCCUGUUAUGGUCCGAGCUUGAAGGCUCUCAUGCUAGGCCUCCCUUAACAACCGAUGUGCAGAGAACCGCCUCAUUUGCUUCAUUGAGUGAUCCAACACCCGAGAAAUGGUCGAACCCUUACAGACAAGACUCACUUCCUAGCCCUAAUCUUUUCCAUGACUCCAUUGUUAAUAAUCGACAGCUGCCACAUUUCGAGCAAGAACAUAAUCAGGUCGAUCUAGCAGAGCAGCUUAUCUCCCGACAAAUUCAGCAGCAGCAGCAGAGUAGGCUAUCUCCUCAUUCUCUCUUAAACGAAUCACUGAUGGAACAUGGACCUACACAGAAUCUCGUUCACCAUCAUCAGCAGCAGUUGAUGGGCCAUUCUAAUCCCGAUGUCGAGCAUCUUUUAGCACUCCAACUGCAACAACAGCGUCAACAUCAGCUCCAACAACAGCAACAUCAGUUGCAGCUUCAACAACAGCAGAAGCUAUUACAGGAGAGACAGAUAUCUCAAGCUCGGCAGGUGAUUGUUGAACAGCUGUUGCAUGGUCAGGUGCCUGAUCCUGUGAGAGCCAACAAUAUUCUGGAACAAGUUAUCCUGGAGCAGCAACUUCUGCUUGAAAUGCAGCAACAGAGGGGGGGCCAACAUCCCUCCUCGAGACAUUUUCACCCAUCCAUGCAACAAGAGCAGCAGAGGGAUUUGUUUGAACUGUUAUCACGUGCACAGCAUGGGCAAAUCCAGAACUUAGAGCAGCAGUUUCUACUCCGUCAGGAACAGAUUCAGGCAAGACAGCUGGCAGAAGAGCAACAGCUCCUCGAGUCCAUGUGGCCAAUCAAUGAAAAUGACCAGUUCCGUAGGAGUCUUGCUGCAAAUCAAAGGACUAAUCAUUCUUCAGGGUUAAGCCCAUUCGAUAUUUAUCAGAGACAGCAGCAGAUGCAACGACAGGAGGAGCAGCAGCUGAACAAUCACCUUGAUCGAACGCUCUCCUUUCAGGAUCGACUUCGACAAGGUCUUUUUGAUACAGCUGGUGGUGGGCCUUUUGAGCGGUCUAUGUCGAUGCCUCACGGCGGUGCUUCAGGGAUGAAUAUGGAUGCGGUAAUGAUGAAUGCGAUUGGUGGUCAUCCUCAGAAUCCGCACCACCACCCAGGAGUUGCUGACGACUGGAUGGAAUCUCAAAUCCAGCAGUUGCAGAUCAAUAAGAAACGCGAGGCGGCCGAAGCUAAAAUGGCCGCAGCUGCUCAGGAUCGUUCGAGAUUAUGGAUGUCGGAUAACGGAAUGAAUGAGGACAAGUCGAGACAACUGCUGAUGGAAUUGCUUCAUCAGAAAUCUAGCCAUCAAGAUGCUGUACACAUGAAUGACACAAGAUCUUUUGACAGAACUUCUGACCUUCCUUAUAAUAUGGGGGGCCCCAGCCAUGAAGCUACCUUGAACAGCUCGUUCCCAAUCGGGUCCUAUGGUCCUUCUAAUCCUCGUGAUACGGCUGACUUUAUUACAGGCGAUGACCAGUUCGCAAAUACUGGGGGAAGGAGGUUCUUGAUGAAUGAGGCUCCUCCCCAGGUGGGGUUUUCAGAUCGAAGUAUGAUGAGAGGUUCUUCGAUCUUGGAUGUUCAAGAUGGCAGCAUGGCUGAACAGGCAAGAUUCGGUGGUGGUGCUGGAGACCGUAUAGAUACACCGAUUACUGCUCUUAGCAGAAACUCUUCAAUUGGGUUUUAUGAUGACAAGGUUGGGCAAAAAGGAUGCUUUUCUGAUGAGAUUCACAUGAAUCAGUUAACCGCAGGACAAAAGGGGCAAGAAAAUUUCAUGCUGAGACGUCCACCUUCCUCACGUUCAUCCUCAUCCCACGAGGGGAUAUCCGACCUGGUCUCUGAAUCAUCUCUCCGUGGUAAAGGCGGCUUACCCCCCAUUGAUGGACUCAGCUCGACGAACCAUGGUUCGGAGAACAUUGUCAAGAAAGACAACAUGAUGUUCCGACGAACAUCAUCAUAUGGGGAUGGUGGUGAGGUGUCCGAGCCGUCGUUCAUAGACAUGCUGAAGAGUAAUGCAAAGAAAGGUCCGGAAGUGGCAGCAAUGCAGCAGCAGCAGGGGAUCGGCGGUGGAGGGGGAGCUGUUGUCCCCUCGGAAGGGAUGAUGGAGGGAGGGCAAGGAGGGAAAGGUGGUGGGAAGAAGAAAGGGAAGAAAGGGCGGCAAAUAGAUCCGGCACUGCUUGGUUUUAAAGUCACAAGCAACCGUAUCAUGAUGGGUGAAAUCCAUCGCCUAGAUGAUUAGUCUUUGAGUUUCUUUUAGUCGAUGUAAUUCUUUUUUUUCCUGUACAUGAUCCCCAUUCCCCAUAGUUUUCUCAUAGAAAUGUAUAGAGUUCCAGUGGGACAUAGAGAGCUAAAUCUGUAAAGCGUUUCUCAAAUAGCAUUUUGAAGAUAUACGAAGUUGAACUAUCAUGGAGGUAUUGAGGCUCAUACUUGGUUUUACGAAUGAGGUCUCGUGACCAGUCGUACAAGAAAUGAAGCUGAUAAUACCACACAAGGCAAUUCGAUUUUCACAAAAAAUAAAUAUUUAUUCUUCUCUC